AUGGCACACGACUUAGCCAAAUCGGCUAGCCACGCAUACAAGCCUCUCGCUGAACGGCGCAUCAGACUUCUCCAACUACCGGACGACUCUUGGUGUGAUGGAGCGCCUGCUCUUGUAGAUGUAUCGUUAGACACCCCACCUUCAUACGAGACGGUUUCCUACGUAUGGGGUGAGCAGAUCAAAUCCAGCGUCUUCAACUUCAGCUCAGGCGCAUCGGUGUUUGUUACUCCGACUUUGCGCUCUGCGCUUGAACGGCUUCGUCCACAUUGUCAGACGCACUACCUCUGGGUGGACCAGCUCUGCAUCGACCAGGCUAGUAUUCCAGAUCGCAAUCAGCAAGUAGCUCUUAUGGGCGAGAUCUACAGCAAGUGCCAGCGAGUGAUGAUCUGGCUGGGGCCAGAAGUGCUCGACUCUGAUUACCCGUUAUACUACUUCGGGGACGGACUACCCUCAGAACUUCGGCACAAGACAAAUCAUACGCGCGCUUCAGCAGCUCGUUUGGAACAACCUGAUCCACAAUCAUUUAUUCGAUUCUUACUAGCACUGACAUGGUUUACCAGGGCGUGGGUGGUGCAAGAGGCGGUGUUGCCGACUACGGCUUCAUGCUUCCUUGGUCCGUACACGUUUUUUGUGGAGGACCUAUGGGCUGUCAUAGUUUAUCACCGAAGCGCAGAACGUUAUUUCACAUGUAGGGACUACGUCAGCAUACGCCAACAUUCUGGAUAUCUUGUUCUGAAUGAGAUCAUGCGCCUGCGACAACAAGAGCGAUACCGGAGUAAGAGAACGCACAAUACAGCGAUAUGCUUCUACCAUUCGCUGUCCGUUUUCGCUCCUCGAUGCAUGACGACGAGUCCCCAUGAUAUCAUCUAUUCGUUUCUGGGGCUUCAAAGAGAUCCGCGUGUACGAAUCAUACCCGACUACGAUUUGGACUGGAAUAUCGUACCUGUAAUAGCUACGAGCUCAAUUGCCGAGGCUACGGAAAGCUUGAACCUGUUUGGUAUGCUCCAUCGCAAAGGUGGCGAAAAGAGCCGGUGGCCGAGCCUCCCAUCAUGGGUUCCAGAUUGGUCGAGAACACCCGAAGCUGAACCUAUGGUGUUUCCUCGGAGCUGGAUAUAUUUCGACUCCUCAUUAGGGAUGCUUCACAAGGCCAAAAAAACGACUGGCUUACCUGUAUCGCAUCUGGUUGUAACAGGCAAAAUCAUCACUGAGGUGACUCACAAGCUCUCGUUUACUCGGGGUGUCCUAGAGCCACUUGCCAACCGCCAUGGAUGGGAUGUCUGCUCUUACCUCAACAUGUCACACUUGAAUGAUUUCUUGAAACACAUCUGGCUAGAGGGCUCGACUAUGCCGUCGAUAGCGCGUCUCUUGAAAGUAAUUCUAGCUGACGGCUCCUUCAGUCUAAACCAAAAGCUACGAGAGCAUUGCAGCGAAGGUCUAUCAAAUUCCGAUGUUGACGAGCUUGUCUCGACUUAUCAGUUUAUUGAGUCCUUUACAAAACAGGAUGUUGAGAUGAUGGAACGCCCUAAGGUUGAUGACAAUUUAGGAAAACGAGCGACUAGACUUCGCGACCAUGCGCGUGUAGCUUGGGGUCGACAACUGAUAGUCGGACGAGACUGGAGGCUUGGUCUCGCACACAGAACGGCUUGUGAGGGGGAUUUGAUCUGCAUCAUCCAUGGUUCUCAAGUACCUCUCGUGUUACGCCGUCUUCCGAAUGGAUACUAUCACUUGAUCGGUCAAUGUUACUUUGAGGGCGCCAUGCGUGGCGAAGAGGUAACUUGGGAUGAGGCAGAUGCAGAUGACUUUGUGCUUGUGUAG